AUGACUCGGAGGCGGAGCAGGCUGAGCGGGGGCGCGGGCCGGCGCGAGCGGGCGCGGGCCGCGGGGCCGCAGAAGCCUCAGGUGCCCGAGCCCCCGCCGCCGCCGAUCUUGGAAGCCGGAGCGGGUGCAGGGACCCCCGAAGUGCCGGCGGAGCCCGUCCGCGAUGGAACCAGGGAAGAGGACGAGCCCAAGUUGGAGCAGGUUCCCCCCACCUCCAGCCAGUCUGUGCAGACUUGUUGCUUGCUGUGUCAUCGGGAACGCAAAGGCUGGGAAGAAGGCCCUUCCCAAAACGGACUGGUGUUGCAGGGUGAGAAGCUGCCCCCUGACUUCAUGCCAAAGCUCGUCAAGAAUCUCCUAGGCGAGAUGCCUCUAUGGGUCUGCCAGAGUUGCCGAAGGAGCAUGGAGGAAGAUGAAAGGCAGACAGGUCGAGAGCACGCAGUGGCGAUAUCCUUGUCACACACAUCCUGCAAAUCACAGUCUUGUGGGGGUGACUCUCAUUCCUCUUCGUCAUCCUCUUCAUCAUCCUCAUCCUCGUCCUCAUCCUGCCAUGGAAACUCAGGGGACUGGGAUCCCAGCUCGUUCCUGUCAGCACAUAAGCUCUCGGGCCUCUGGAACUCCCCACACUCCAGCGGGACCGUCCCAGGCAGCUCACUUGGGAGUCCUCCUUCCAUCCCUGGUGAGGUUUUCCCCAUCUCGGAGCACCGCCGGCACUCAGACCUCACUGCUCCACCCAACAGCCCCACUGGCCACCAUCCUCAGCCAGUGUCACUGAUCCCUUCUCACUCUGGAACCUUUGGCUCACCAUCCCACCCCCACCUGCUGCCCACCUCCCCCACAGCACCAUUCCCUGCGCAGGUUUCAGAAUGCCCUGUUGCUGCUGCCGCCGCCCCACACACCCCAGGGGCAUGUCAGAGCCCCCACCUGCCUUCCACCAGCAUGCCACUCCUGAAGAUGCCUCCUUCUUUCUCGGGGUGCAGCCACCCCUGUAGCGGGCACUGCAGUGGGCCUCUGCUCCCACCACCAGGCUCACAGCAGCUGCUUAACACUCACAGCAGAGACCCCGGGUGCAAGGGACACAAGUUUACACAUAGUGGCCUGGCCUGUCAGCUGCCCCAGCCCUGCGAGGCAGAUGAGGGGCUAGGCGAGGAAGAGGACAGCAGCUCAGAGCGUAGCUCCUGCACCUCGUCCUCCACACACCAGAGAGAUGGGAAGUUCUGUGACUGCUGCUACUGUGAGUUCUUCGGCCACAAUGCGCCACCCGCUGCCCCGACGAGUCGGAAUUAUACCGAGAUCCGAGAGAAGCUCCGUUCAAGGCUGACCAGGCGGAAAGAGGAGCUGCCCAUGAAGGGGGGCGCCCUGGGCGGGAUCCCUGGGGAGCCCGCCGUGGACCACCGAGAUGUGGAUGAGCUGCUGGAAUUCAUCAACAGCACGGAGCCCAAAGUCCCCAACAGCGCCAGGGCCGCCAAGCGGGCCCGGCACAAGCUGAAAAAGAAGGAAAAGGAGAAAGCCCAGUUGGCAGCAGAAUCUCUAAAGCAGGUGAAUUGUGCUUCUGGAAGCCAGGAGCUGAGGCCUGCCAGAGAGAGGUUUUUGGAGUGGCCUGACCAGGAGCUGGAUCGGGUCAACAGCUUCCUGAGCAGCCGUCUGCAGGAGAUCAAGAACACUGUCAAGGACUCCAUCCGUGCCAGCUUCAGUGUGUGUGAGCUCAACAUGGACAGCAAUGGCUUCUCUAAGGAGAGGGCUGCUGAGCCAGAGACCCAGAGUCUACCCCCCUUGAACCUCAAUGGCUCCUCAGGGCACCGGCCUGACAUCAACCUUGACCUUUCCCCUUUGACUUUGGGCUCCCCUCAGAACCACAUGUUACAAGCUCCAAGUGAAUCAGCCUCACCAUGGGCAGAAAUGAGAAGCCCCCAACCACUAUGGACAGAGGUGAGGGGCCCUCCUCCUGGUAUCAUCCCCGAGAAUGGGCUAGUGAGGAGACUCAACACCGUGCCCAACCUGUCCCGGGUGAUCUGGGUCAAAACACCCAAGCCAGGCAACACCAGCUCUGAGGAGCCAAACCCAAAGGAAGUCCCUAGUAAUAAGCAGGAGGUGCCUGACCCUGUGGCCUCAGGUGGGAAGCCGCGGAAAGGCAAAAGACAGGGUGGUCAGGCUAAGAAGAGUGAGGCGACUCUAGCCCCCAGGUCUUCGGCCAGCCUGGAGGCUCCCGGUGCUAAAGGCCAGACAUCCAAGCAGCCAGGCAAGACCCUGGAACCUCCCAAAGUGGGCUGCGAUGCUGAGGCCGGAGAGGGGAGCCCAGGAAACCGGCCAGAACCAGGCUGGGCUAGCAGCCCAAAAGCUGACAAGGAGAAGGGCAGCUCUUGGCGAAACUGGCCAAGUGAGGCCAAGGCACGGCCUCUGCAACAGGAGUUUGUGCAGCCCUCAGGCCCAGCAAGGCCACAGAGCUUGCCACAGGGCAAGGGCCGCAGCCGCCGGAGCCGCAACAAGCAGGAAAAGUCGGCCGCCUCCUUGGACGAUGUGUUCCUGCCCAAGGACAUGGAUGGGGUGGAGAUGGAUGAGACUGACCGGGAGGUGGAAUACUUCAAGAGAUUCUGUUUGGAUUCUGCAAAGCAAACACGUCAGAAAGUUGCUGUGAACUGGACCAACUUCAGCCUCAAGAAAACCACUCCCAGCACAGCUCAGUGA